UAUGGGCACCACACCCCAGUCUACAUACACCUGAACUGGCCAAUGCCUCAAUGCAUCUGGGUAAGAUGCUAAAUCACACCUCCCUUUGGCUCACGCUGGUGGUUUUGUUGCUGAGGCUUUGUGGGACGGAUCAUACGCCGGACAGUUUGCAACUUCAGAAAUGGCGGACUGGGCGACCGGAAGAGAGCUUCCUGGCACAUCGGCGAGUGAAGCGAGGCUGGGUUUGGAACCAGUUCUUUGUUGUGGAAGAGUACACUGGCACAGAACCACUCUACGUUGGAAAGAUUCACUCGGAUUCGGACAAGGGCGACGGCUCCAUCAAGUACACCAUCUCGGGGGAGGGGGCCGGCACCGUGUUCAUCAUCGACGAGAUCACAGGCGACAUCCAUGCCACCGAGAAGCUGGACCGGGAGGAGAAGAUCUACUACACACUACGUGCUCAGGCCCGCGACAAGCAGACAGACAGGCCUCUGGAGCCAGAGUCUGAAUUCAUCAUCAAAGUCCAGGACAUCAAUGACAGCGAGCCCAAGUUCCUGGGCGGGCCCUACACAGGCAGCGUACCCGAACUCUCGCCUGUAGGAACCUCGGUCAUGCAGGUGACGGCAUCAGAUGCAGAUGAUCCGACCUAUGGGAGCAGCGCGAGGCUUCUGUACAGUCUGCUGCAGGAGCAAGAGCAGUUCACAGUGGACACCAAGACGGGAAUAAUCCGAACGGCUGUGGCAAACCUGGACCGGGAGAAACGGGACCAUUACGUGUUAGUGAUUCAGGCCAAAGACAUGGCGGGUCAGAUGGGCGGCCUGUCUGGAUCCACCACCGUCACCAUCACCAUCACCGACAUCAACGACAACCCUCCGCGGUUCACUCAGAAGCUGUACCAGCUGACCAUGCUGGAGUCAGCGGCUGUGGGCUCCACUGUGGGCAGGGUGAGAGCGGAGGACGUGGAUCUGGGUCUGAACUCGGAGAUGGUCUAUGUUCUUAAGGAGGAGGAUGGCUCGGACACCUUCAGGGUCAUCACAGACACAGAAGCACAAGAAGGCAUUAUCAUUCUCAAAAAGCCACUGGACUUUGAGAGCAAGAGGACUCAUAGCCUGCUGCUAGAAGCAGUAAACAAGCACAUGGCUCCUCAGUUCGAGAACGUCAGCUCGUUCAAGGACUGGACCAGCGUCAGGGUCAUGGUGAAGGAUGUCGACGAGCCACCCGUCUUUACCUCGCGGACAAACGUGAUCGAGGUGCAAGAGGACGCCCGCGUUGGGAGCAGCAUUGGCGCUAUAACAGCGCGGGACCCUGACCUCAAGCACAGCCCCAUCAGGUAUUCCAUCGACCGCAACACUGAUCUGGAGAGAAUAUUUGAUGUGGACGCCAACAGUGGAGCCAUCACUGUGGCCAAGCGGCUGGACCGGGAGACGGCGGGCUGGCACAAUAUCACCAUGGUGGCAAUGGAGGCAGAUAACCACGUUCAAGUCACGAAGGCUGCCUUCAGCAUCAGGAUCCUGGAUGUUAACGACAACCCUCCUGAGCUCUCCAUGCCAUUCGAAGCCGCAAUUUGUGAAGACUCCAAACCAGGGCAGCUGAUCCAUACCAUCAGUGUGGUCGACAAGGACGAACCACAAGGUGGACAUCGUUUUUACUUCACUCUGGCUCCCGAAGCUGCCGACAGUCAGCACUUCACGCUCUGGGAUAUCAAAGAAAACACAGCUGGAAUCCUAACGCAGAGGAAUGGCUUCAACCGGCGAGAGCAGGAUAUCUACUUUCUCCCGAUCUUGGUGGUGGACAGCGGCCCCCCGGCCCUGAGCAGCACAGGGACCCUCACCAUCCGAGUGUGCGGCUGUGACAGCCACGGCACCAUCCAGUCAUGCACUGCGGCCGCCUACGUUGUUUCACCCGUCCUGAGUCCUGGGGCGCUCAUCGCUCUGCUCGUCUGUAUCCUCAUACUAAUCGUGUUGGUUCUCCUCAUUCUAACCCUGAAGAGACACAGAAAGGGUCACAUCAUCCCCGAGGACGAGGAAGACAUGAGAGACAACGUCAUCAAGUACAACGACGAGGGCGGAGGGGAGGAGGACACGGAGGCCUACGACAUGACCACGUUAAGGAGCCUGUAUGAUUUCACCGAGGUGAAGGCAGAGGCCGGCUUGACGCCAGAGCUCCACUCUCUGCCGCAGUGGUUUCAGAAUCCCAAUGCGGAUUUCUCAGUUUUUAGGAGUUUUGUGUGUAAAAAGCUGGAGGAGGCUGACGCGGAUCUCUCCGUCCCUCCAUACGACUCUUUUCAAACGUACGCAUACGAAGGCACUGACUCUGUGGCCCAGUCUCUCAGCUCCAUUCACUCUCUGUCCAGUGACUCGGAGCAGGACUAUAACUAUCUCAGUGACUGGGGACCGCGGUUCAGACAGCUGGCCGGACUUUACUCAGGAAAUCAGGAAGACGAUGGAUCCUAGCAUUACCAUUUGACGUUCCUUUUUCCCCCUUUUAUCGCAGAACAAUACAAAAUCCUUCCCCGGUUCGAGUUGUGUCGCUUAAAAAACAAAACCCUUGUUAGCCAGUAUUUGGGAAAGAUCGCAAACAAUCUGUUUUGCAAAAGCAAGAGCGAAUCCCGACCUGGGAAUCGACCGUUUCUUUCCUUAUUGUGGUCACACGAUGCCAAUAAAAAGGAAAGAUUAUGCACAAGUUAUUGGCAAUUAUCCCAGUUCAAAUGUUUCGAAAACCCUCCCC